AUGCAACAACAACGUCGACGACCACCUGUUUCAGGUUCACCAGUAGCUACAAAUAAUAAUAAUUCUAAUCGACCUAUACGUCAAAUAAAUCGAGGUAUGGCAAUGUCAGUGAGUCAAUGUUCUGGUUGUUCUCAACCAAUGUAUAAUCCAAUGUUAUCAAAUGUCCUUGAUCGUCUAUGGCAUCCUGAUUGUGUACGAUGUUUUACAUGUCGAUGUAUACUUAAUGAACAAUGUUAUUCACGUGAAGGAAAACUUUAUUGUAAAGAUGAUUUUAUUAAAAAAUAUAUUCAUCGUUGUUUUUCUUGUCAAAAUUUAAUUCAAUCACAUGAAUUAAUACGACGUGUUCGAGCAGGUCGAAUUUAUCAUGCGGAUUGUUUUAAUUGUAUAAAAUGUAAACGAAUAUUACAAGAUGAUGAUAUAGCAUCAUUAAUGCCAUCCGAUGGCUCAACUUUGAAUGAUAUGGAUUAUAUAUGUCAAGGAUGUAUAAAUCCAACAAAUAAAUUAGUGAAAUCUUCUGUUGGAAUAAUUUCAUCAUCGAAUGUAGACGAAGAUGAAACAACGGAUAGUGAAAUUUCUAAUACAACCCAUAGAAGAAUACCAACAAUCGAUAGAACAGUAUCAGGAACAGUAAAUACCGAUGAAUUACCGAAUACUUCUUUACAAUCACCAUCAUCAAAUACAUCUGUUCUUCCAUCUAUUGAACAGCAAUUAUCUUUUCAAUCGACUACAUCAGCUGUGGAUAGUCAAGUCAAUGUACCACAACCAAUGCAAGUUGAUAAACUUUCGACAGCUGCACGAGAAACUGUUGAAGAAACAAAAACACCAACGGCAAAACCACUUGGUCGACCACCGAAAACUCGUCAAAAUAGUAGUACUAAUAGUAAUAAACGAACGACAGCUAAAUCAAAACCAGCAGCAUCUCGUCAGAAACAAACAACUACGAAUGAAAAAAAACGUCGUUCACCAACAACAAGAUCGAAAGCAUCAUCAGCUGCUUCAACAACUGUACAAACACGAUCAAGUAAUCGUCGUAAUACAAAAACAUCACGUUAUCGUAAACGAAAUUUUUCAAGUGGUACUGAUGAAGAUGAAUCAGAAGAUGAAGACGAUGAUGAUGAUGAAGAAGAAGAUACAAAUUUCACUGAAGAGGAUGAUGUACAAGAUGAUGAAAGAGAAAGUAAUCGUUCACCUGCAACUAAAACGAAAUCAUCUAAAAAUGCUAACGAAAAGAAAAAUGAAGUUGAUUCUGCAUCAAAGAUAGUUCCACCACCACUACCAUCAACAACAACAUUAGCUCCAACACAACCCAUACUAUCGGAGCCAUUAUCAUUAUUGAGUGGAUUAGCAUCUAAUCCUACAUCUGUUUCAUCUAUUAUAAAAUCUGAUAUUCCUGCAAGUUUUAUGCCUCCAAAUUUUAAUCCCGCUUUUCCUACACCACAACAAUUUCUACCACCAAAUCAUCCAUUUCCGCCUGGUUUUUCUUUGCAACCGAGAUUUCCACCACCGCCACCGCCAUCAUCACAAUUGGGUGUAACUCAACCACAACCUGCACCUAUAUCUGAUACACAUCGUUCAUCUUAUUCGACUAGUGUAUCAGAAACAGACUCACUUGAUCGUCCAUCAAGUCCUUCACAAACAGAUUCAUCGACAAAUGCUGAAUCAGGAAUAGGAGCACGUCAAACUACAGCACCUCAGAAAGUAUCUGCUCUUUCUUCACUACUCGAAUUUGGUACAUUACCACCAUCAAAUGUUGGUGAUAUAGGUCCAUCUGGCAAAUCUACAAAUCCUUUUCCAUUUCCAUUCGUUACACCUGGCCCAGGUGUUCCAUUUUCACCUCAAGCAGCAGCUGGUAUGACUUCUUAUUUUCGACCACCAAUGUUUGGUAUUCCACCAUCAACAACAUCGCUUGAUGUAACUCCGCAAACAUCUACAACAACAACAGCACCAUCUCAAUCAGUAUCAGAAUCACUGUCAACUCAACCUAAGAAGAAAGCAACUAAGAAAAGAAAAGCAAGUGAAGUUAUGCCAGAAAAUAUACUUGAUGAAUCAUCAUCUCCUAAAAAGAAAGCGCGUAAAACUAAUCCACGUGGUAAAGGAAAAGUAAAAAAGAAUGAAACGGAUGGUGAAAAUGAUAUUGCGGAUGAUAAUGUUUCGCCAUUACCAUCACAAGCAAAGAAAAAGAAAAAGAAAGCUAAAAAAGAUGAUGACAAAGAUGACAUAGCUGCAAAUGACAGUGAAGACUUAAAAGUUACGAAUGGAAUGGCAAGUAACGCUUCACACAAUCUUCUUACUCAAAUGGGUUUAAUAAAUCCUCCGUUCAUACCACCAACUCCAUCGCAAUCGUCUUCCUCAGCCAAUGGUACACCUUCUACACCUAUUGCUCAACAACAACAACAACAACAAGCUCAAAUAGCAGCUAUGUAUAAUAUGACACCACAUUUUGGUGCUUAUAAUACAUUUCCAGGUGCAUUUAAUCCAGCAUUUCCUGGUGCUGCUGCGUAUCCUGGUGGUUAUCCACCUCCAUAUGGGUUCCAUCCAGCAUUUACUACUCCACCUACUGGACAACCAUUUCCAUUUAUACCACCAACAUCUACUGCAUCAUCAAUUAAUAAUACAUCAUUACCAAUUUCGACAACAGUAUCACCAUCGACAGGUGAUAAACCAACACCUAUUGUUGUACCUGAAACAAGACCAUCGAAAUCAAAAUCGAAAAGUAAAAACAAUACGGAUGGAGAAAAGAAAAAACCUGCUGCUCCUCGAUCAAAUAAGAAAAAAUCAGCAUCUGUUACUGCUCCAGUAACAACUAGUGACAGUGAUGAUGUUGCAGCUGCUGCAACAACAGUACCAUCGACUGAAAUAACAGAAACAGCUACUACAAUAUCGGAAUCAACACCUACAAUUCCUCCGCCGGCUUCUAAACGACGAGUUAGUGGUACAGAAAGUGAAGAUUUUGAUGAACAAAAUGAUGAACAACAACAACAAUCAUCACAAACAACAAAUGGUAAAUCUGGUAAUGAAUCAGAUGGUUCAGGAGGAGCUGCUGAUCGUAGUUCGAGUAACACUCAGUCAUCAUCCACAAUACCAGAGAAAAAAGGUGGACGUACAACAAUCAAACCACAACAAUUAGACAUUUUAAAUAAAUCAUUUGAUUCAUGUCCUAAACCAAAUAAAACUCAACGCGAACAAUUAGCUGCUGAUACUGGUCUUAAUAUACGUGUUAUUCAAGUUUGGUUUCAAAAUAAACGAUCGAAAGAACGAAAAGGAAAAGCAUCAAAAGAAAAAGAUGCACCUUUAGAUGAUGAUGACGCAGGGGAAGAUUCUCCACCAUCAUCACCACAACCACCAGUCUCAGUACCUACAUCUGCACCAGAAUCUACUGUUGAAUCAACACCGAUCAUUACUACUACUACAACUACUACUAGUGAAACGGAAAGUCAAUAA